CGUGCCAGCCUGGGGGGGGGCCUUGCGUGAUGGUAAUGGCGCGGGUUCGUGUGCUCUGAGGGAGUCGUUUUUGCAUCGAUUUUUCUUGUGAGUAAGAUUUUGCAGGAAACUUGGUGUAAAUAUAAAGACGGAGCGAUGGGCGACCGGUACAACAUCCACAGUCAGCUGGAGCACCUGCAGUCCAAGUACAUCGGCACCGGGCACGCCGACACCACCAUGUACGAGUGGCUGACCAACCAGCACCGAGACUCCUUCGCCUCCUACAUGGGACACUUUGACAUGCUCAACUACUUCGCGCUCUGCGAGAACGAGGCCAAGGCGCGGAUCCGCUUCAACCUGAUGGAGCGGAUGCUGCAGCCGUGCGGACAGCCGCCAGAGAAGCCCGAGGAGUGAGCGCCGCCGGGCUCCGCCGCCGGUGCGGAUUCUGUGCCGAGAUCUCGCGAUGGGAAGUUGCUCGACAGGCCUCUCGUGGUUGAUCUGUGUCGGCGUGGUUGUAUUUGCCGCGGACUUUUGGUGAAAGGAAUAACACGAUGGGUGGAUGUUCACGCUCAUUUGAUGGCCCUGCUAUUGCCCUGUUUGCGCGCACAUAUUGUCCUGAACGCCUCAUGUGUAGUGAAUGCUGAAUAUACGGUGUUCACAUUUA